GGCAAAACCUUUGCCUAUAUAUAGACGUCGUGCACCGAUCGACCAACCUCUCUAGCAUCCUCGGUCUCCUAGCAUCCUCUCAGGUACUUUUUUUCCAGAUCUAUACGAGAGACUCUGCAAUCAUGUUGGUCUAUCAGGACUUGAACACCGGUGAUGAGCUCCUCUCCGACUCAUUUCCAUACAAGGAGAUCGAGAAUGGGAUUCUCUGGGAGGUCGAGGGAAAGUGGGUUGUUCAAGGAGCAGUUGAUGUAGACAUUGGCGCAAAUCCUUCUGCAGAAGGUGGUGAUGAGGAUGAGGGUGUUGAUGACCAAGCUGUCAAGGUGGUUGACAUUGUCGACACAUUUAGACUCCAGGAGCAACCUGCUUUUGACAAGAAGCAGUUUGUCACAUACAUGAAGAGAUUCAUCAAGGCAUUGACCCCUAAGCUGGAUGCAGAAGACCAAGAGAAAUUUAAGAAAAACAUAGAAUCGGCAACUAAGUUCCUGCUUUCAAAGCUCAGUGACCUCCAAUUUUUCGUGGGGGAGAGCAUGCAUGAUGAUGCUACUCUGGUGUUUGCUUACUACAAGGAAGGUGCCACUGAUCCGACAUUCUUGUACUUUGCCCAUUCUUUGAAGGAGGUCAAAUGCUAAGAAGUGAGGAUAUAUGGCCAGAAGAUAGAAAGUUCUGGCUUUAGUAUUAGUUUUUAUCAUUGCAUGGGUUUUUUGGUUUUUGUUUAUUUUCGAUUAUGUUUUGUGCUGGUUUACUUAAGUCUACGUACGUUCUUUUGAUUGUAUGCUGUUGUGUAGUAGACAUUACUAUUUAUAUUGGUUCUGGUUUUGUUCAAGCUUACUGUUGAUAUAUGAGCAUGCAAGUGGCCAAGAAUAAUAAUUCUGCCAGUGCCCUGGAAGUGGGUUGUUAAGUGAGCACACAUUCACUGUCAAAGUAUUCCUUCAUGUUGUUUUUUUAUAGACUUA